AUGGGAGAGAAAGGGUUGAACAAGGACCUCAAGCAGGUCAUGCAAAGACCGUUGGUGAAACAUUCUAUGAUGAACACGGACAUGCAAGCAGAGGUUGUCGACAUCAUUAUCGGCGCUAUUGACAAACACACGGACAGCAAGGGUCCCAACUUUGAGCUGGCAACGAAACUUAUCAAGGACACACUUGACCGCCAAUACGGGGCACCGUGGCACUGCGUGGUGGGCGAAGGAUUCUCCUUCGACGUUACAGCCCAGGAGGAAGCUCUUCUGCUUGUCUUUUACCAAGGUAAUCUGUCGAUUUUAACCUUCAAAUGCUGA